UGGAUAACGGAGAAAACGCCGUUCCUAACGUUUUAAUCUUCCCUUUACCACUACAAAGCCCGGUAAACUCCAUGCUAAAGCUGUCGGAGCUUCUCUGCCUCGCCGGCGUCCACGUCACCUUCCUAAACACGGAGCACAACCACAGGCGCCUCCUCGGCAGCACCGACGCCGGCUCCCGUUUCGAGAGGUACCCCGGAAAGUUGAGUUUCGAAGUUAUCUCCGACGGGCUCCGGGAAGAUCACCCGCGUUCGGCGGAGGACUUUGAGGGUAUUGUGAAGAGUUUGCAGGGCGUGGCGGAGGCGCAUCUGAGAGAAAUGUUGAGGUCGGAAAGGGGAAGAAAGGUAACGUGCGUGAUAGCGGAGGGGAUGUUUGAUUACGCUUUUGAGAUUGGGAAAGAAGUUGGGAUUCCUGUUUUUGCGUUUGAGACUGUGAGCCCUUGCUAUCUAGGGGUUUGUCUCUGCAUUCCGAAACUCUUCGAGGCUGGACAACUUCCAUUCAAAGGAGAAGACUUGGAAACACUAGUAGAGGGUGUGUCGGGAAUGGAAGGUCUUCUUAAAGUACGAGACCUUCCCCAUUUCUGUCGAGCGAAAGAUCUAUGGGCAGAUGAGAGCGGCAAACUUAUCAUGGCUGAUAUCUAUACUGUGCCCAAAGCCCACGGGCUAAUCCUAAACUCGUUUGAAGAGUUGGACGGGCCAAAAAUCAUGGCGCAUAUCCGCACCCAUUGUCCAAACACGUAUAUGAUCGGGCCAGUCCAGCAACACUUGAAGGUCCGACUUGCGAAAAGGGAGACAACGACAUCACCACUGUGUUCAAACAGCUUCUGGAGAGAAGACAAAACCUGCAUCCAAUGGCUCGACGAACAGCCCGACGAGUCAGUGAUAUAUGUAAGUUUUGGCAGCCAGAACACCUUAACAAUGGCCCAACUCAUGGAAUUUUGGCAUGGUUUGGUUGCCAGUGGGGUUAGGUUCUUGUGGGUGUUGAGGCCCAAUAUUCUUAGGGCUGCAAAGGAGGUGUUGGAUGAAAAAUUUGUGAGAGAGCUCAAAAAGGGUUGCUUAGAGUGUGGGCAUAUUGUGAGUUGGGCCCCUCAAGAAGAGGUCUUGGCCCAUCCAGCAAUCGGGGGAUUCUGGACCCAUCAUUUUGAAACAUUUUGA